CUAUUGGAUAAAAUUUCAAAACAGCUCCGAGGUGAAGAUCAUGUGACCAUCUAUGGUGUUUGCCAAAGUUCGUUUCCUUGUGGUAGGUGUUUAUUUGACGUGACUGUUCACUACAAAAGAAACAUUUGUACGCCAUAAUGAAGAAGAAGGUUCUUCUGAUGGGAAAAAGUGGGUCUGGCAAGACCAGCAUGCGUUCUAUUAUCUUCGCGAACUAUAUAGCUCGCGAUACUCGCAGACUAGGAGCUACGAUUGAUGUCGAGCAUUCACAUGUACGAUUCCUGGGAAAUUUAGUGCUGAAUCUGUGGGAUUGUGGAGGGCAAGAAGCUUUUAUGGAGAACUACUUUGCCAGUCAGCGCGACAACAUUUUCCGCAAUGUGGAAGUGCUGAUUUAUGUGUUUGAUGUUGAAAGUAGAGAGCUGGAGAAAGAUAUGCAUUACUACCAGUCAUGUCUUGAGGCUAUUUUACAGAAUUCUCCUGAUGCUAAAAUCUUUUGCCUUGUUCACAAAAUGGACCUUGUACAAGAUGACCAGCGAGAAUUGAUUUUCCAUGAACGAGAGGAAGAUCUUCGACGAUUAUCUAAGCCUCUAGAAUGCACGUGUUUUGCCACAUCAAUUUGGGAUGAAACUUUAUAUAAAGCCUGGUCAUCUAUUGUUUACCAGCUUAUACCUAAUGUGAAACAGCUGGAGGCCAAUUUGGCACAAUUUGGAGAAAUUAUUGAUGCAGAUGAGGUCCUUUUGUUUGAACGAGCAACAUUCCUUGUGAUAUCAUAUUCUGAGCGAAGGCGUCAUCGAGAUGUUCACAGAUUUGAAAAGAUCAGUAACAUUAUCAAGCAGUUUAAACUAAGCUGUAGCAAGAUGGCAGCGUCCUUUCAAAGCAUGGAAGUACGCAAUUCAUCCUUUGCUGUCUUCAUUGAUGUAUUCACCACCAACACUUACAUCAUGGUUGUCAUGUCAGAUCCAACCAUCCCAUCAGCAGCUACUCUUAUCAACAUAAAAAGUGCUAGAAAGUACUUUGAAAAACUAGAGCAGGCUGAACACACAACACGCACAGCUAUGUCUGGUGGAAUGCGGUGAAAGUUGUAACAUCUAUUCAUGGAGAUGCAGGAGACUUGAAAACAAGAGAAAACUGAAAAUGGUGAUAGCAAAGUCUUUGGUGACAGAAAGCAAAAAAUUGUACCUUUCAAAGGCUGCAACUUUUCAUCGUUGAUCAGCAAAACCUCUAAAAACCUUGGGGUACUUUAAGAUAACUUGUAUGUAAUUUAUGUAAUAUACCUUGUGAUAAUUACUACAGUGUUAAAAUACAUUUCCAUGUAAGAUCACAAGCUUAUUUUGGAAUGCUAUUUAAAUUUGUUUUUCAUCAAAAGACAUCACUUGUUAAAAAACAUUUUGGUGUUUUCAAUAAAGGAGUCAAAAGUGUUUUUUUUUUAAAGAUUAAAAAUGUCUUGUCAUUUUAUAAGAACUGAGAUAACUUUACCCAGGUGGGAAAACUGGUUUCAUUUUUUGCAAGCAGGUUCAGUUCACAAAGAGGUCAUAAAAAUACAGCAAUCCCUCACAGGGGAUUGCAUUCAGUCCCCUGUGAUAGGUGCAAAUCUGUGUAGUAGUGGUAUAUUUAUUUUAUUAUUUAUAUAUAUUUUAAGGCUUUAUAAAUCUUUUUCCCCACUCUUAUACUUUUAACACUUUUAAACUUACGUAAUUUUAACAUAUAAAUUUCUAUAUGGGUACUCGCCAGUGAGGAACACUACAACUUCAAAUCAUAAAUAUUGUGUAUAUAGCAAAGACUUCAUGAUACAAUGAAUCUGCAGUAAGUGAACCCCACUAUAAUGAGCAAUUAUUGUAUACCUUGUUGAAUGACAAUAGAAAAUGUAUUUUUUAUAAGUUUUUUUUUUCUUUCUUAGAACAGCCAUUGCCUUUUAGGCUUGAAGCUAACAUGAGAUAAAAAUUGUGAUGUUCAAAA